UUGAACAUGAAGAAUGCAGAAAAAGUGAAUAUAAGCGCCAUCAGUGGGAGCGUCGGGUCUGUUAAUCAAGACGGAAGGAUUCCGUCCGAGGGGUAUGGCGUAUUUCAGUCGAGAGAGGCCAUCAUUCCACUAGAAAAGUCGCAACUGGAGCUUGAGAAUGCUGAGUCAGAACCGCACCAGGUCACCCAUCCCACGUCUUACUUGGACACGAUGCUGCACAUCUUCCGGGGAAACAUCGGGUCGGGGCUGCUGGCCAUGGGCGACGCCUACAAAAACGGAGGCAUCGUCUUCGCCCCCAUCAUGACGGCUGUCCUAGGCGUCAUCUGCGUCCACGCGCAACAUCUGUUGCUCAAUUGUUCAGAGGAGAUGCAUCGCCAAACGAAAAGGGAGAAGGCACCAAACUUUUCGGAAACAGUGUCGCUGGUGUUUGAGAGCGGACCCCCGCGGCUGAGGCCCCUCGCCGCCGCCAUGAAGGUGCUGGUCGACACCUUCCUGUGCAUCACGCAGCUUGGCUUCUGCUGUGUCUACAUCGUCUUCAUCGCUAAUAAUGUUAAAAUUAUCUGCGAGCAGUACGGUAUCCACAUGGAGCUUUCGGUGCACAUGAUCUUCGUGCUGGUGCCGGUGCUGGCGUCGUGCAUGGUGCGCAAUCUGAAGUAUCUGACGCCGUUCUCGACGGUGGCCAACGUGCUGAUGGCGCUGGGCGUGGGCGCGGUGAUCUACGAGGCCGCGCACGGCCUGCCCGACCUCAGCACUAGGGACUACAUCGCCUCGUGGCGACAGCUGCCUCUCUAUUUCGGGACUGCCGUGUAUGCCUUCGAAGGAAUCGGUUUGGUACUCCCGCUAAAGAACGAGAUGCGGCGUCCCGAGCUGUUCCAGAAGCCCCUGGGCGUGCUGAACGUCAGCAUGGUCGUGGUGGGCGCCAUCUUCGUGACCGUGGGCUUCCUCGGCUACCUCAAGUGGGGCGACGAAGUGCAGGGCAGCCUAACGCUCAACAUGGCUCCUGGUCAUAUCCUGAGUACCGUCGUGCAAGCAUUGAUCGCACUGGCCAUGCUGCUCACGUACCCGCUGCAGUUCUACGUGCCCGUGGCCAUCGCGUGGCCCGGCCUGCGCCGCAAGGUGGGCGCCGCCUCGCCAGUGGCCAAGGAGCUGGGGUUCCGGGCGGGGCUCGUGCUACUUACCUUCAUUCUUGCCGAGAGCAUACCCCAGCUGGGCCUGUUCAUCUCGCUGGUGGGUGCCAUCAGCAGCACGGCCCUGGCGCUCAUGUUCCCCCCGCUCAUAGAGAUAGUGAUGACCUCGCAGAAACAAGGAGGAGUACCAUUCUACAUGCUUGCCAAAGAUAUAUUUAUCAUUUUACUUGGACUCUUCAUAUUUGUUACUGGUACUUAUGAAAGUAUAUCAUCCAUUGUGAAAGCUUUCGUAGCAAAAUGACAACUGGACUUAUGAUUUUUC